AUGAGACCUACGUCGACUUCACUCUCUGCUCAUGAGUGGCUUCUACCACCUAUCGAGGGCGAGAAGUGUGCCGAGAGAGUGGGAGUGGAGUGGCAGCCCAUCGAGAACUGUUCCCAGUCGUUGGAGGGCGAGCAGUUGCUUCACGAGGCGGGUCUAGAGCAAGGACUUCUCGACCCGCGGCCUGACUGGAUGCCUUGGAUUAUCCUCAAUGAUGUGUUCACACAAGAGAACCAGCACGACGCACAAGAGGACCUCGUUGAACUUGUCUGUCGGUCGUACCAGGGCGAGAAACCCGAAACUUGUCCAGCUGAAACGAGGCUUUAAGUGCGCUGCUUUAGAGAUCGACGUCGAGAACA